AUGCAUAUUAUUGGUGUUGACGUCGGUGGUACAAAUACAGAUGCGGUUCUACUAAGAAUCGAAGAUGAUCAAUCACCCAAAGUAGUUACUGCUGUGAAAGUAGUAACAACUUCAGAUGUGUUUUCAGGCUUGAUUCACGCCGUGAAACAAGUUGUGCAUAACAACAGUGUAAAUGCUAUUGUGGUUGGUACAACACAUUUCAUCAAUGCAUUGAUUCAACGACGGGAUCUAGCUAAAGUUUGCAUUUUACGGCUUUGCGGGCCAGCAACACAUUCCAUCGCACCGAUGUCAAAUUGGCCACAAGAUUUAAAACAUGCAGUCGAUGGAUUGACUACUUUAGUUUCCGGUGGUUACUUCUUCGAUGGAUCGGAGAUCAGUUCAUUGAACGAGGAAGAAAUUCGGUCGACUGUUCGUCGUGCUCUCGCUUUGAAUAUUAAUACAUUUUGUGUUAGUGGCGUUUUUUCACCCUGUCGAACUGAUCAAGAAGUUCGUGUUGGAGAGAUUAUACAUGAAGAAUCACCCACGGCAUAUGUUACACUUUCGCAUGAAGUUGCUGGUCUUGGUCUAUUGGAAAGAGAAAAUGCUUCGAUACUCAAUGCUUGUCUUCGCCCGUUAGCGAUGCGGACGAUCGGAAUGCUUAAAGAUUUCCUUCCUCACGACGCUUCUAUUUUUCUUACAAGAAAUACCGGCACAUUACUUUCGUCUGAAGAUGCAACACGAUGGCCAGUCUUUACUUUUGCUAGUGGACCAACGAAUUCUAUGAUCGGUGCAGCCCAUCUGAGUGGCAUUCAAAAUGGUAUUGUCAUCGAUGUUGGAGGAACAUCAAUCGAUUUCGGUGUCAUUGUUAACGGCCGACCGAGACAAACACACGCAAAUAUAAAAUUAGUCGACGAUAUUCGAGUGAACGUUACCGUUCCUGACACAUAUUCGUUACCCUUGGGUGGUGGUACAAUUAUUCAUGUGACUGAAGAAGAUCAAUCUGUUCAAGUCGGACCUAAUAGUGUCGCGUAUCAACUUGAACAACAAGCUCUAGCGUUUGGAGGACGAACAGUUACUGCUACUGAUGUGGCUCUUGCGGCUGGUCUAGUCAAAGAGAUUGGUCAUCGUGAUGUUAAGCUACCUGCAAAAAUUAUUGAACAAGUCCUCGAAUAUGUGAAUAAAACAGUGACAAAUGGCGUCGAUCGAAUGAAAACAAAUCCAGAGCCAGUUCCAGUUAUUCUAUGUGGCGGUGGUUGCAUUCUUAUCGACCAAAAUAAAUCCUUUCCAGGCGUAACUAAAAUUAUACGUCCUGAUCAUUUUGCUGUAUGCAAUGCUGUGGGUGCUGCUCUAUGUUCAGUAAGUGGAACUCUUGAUCUCAUUACAGAUCUUGUUCCAACAUCUGUUGACGGAGGCACACAGCGUAAAGCUGAACUUGAUCGAUUAGUUUUGCAAGUUCAGGAACAAUGUGAGCAUAAUGGAGCUCGAAAAACAACAAUUCAGUUGUCAGAAUUGGAAUUGAUACCAUUAUCUUACCAUUCAGGUGGUUAUAAACAUCGAGUUCAAUUAACGGCAAUCGGGCAAUUAGAUUUAAGUAAAUUUAAGCAAAAUGAGCAGAGGAAAUCAACGGAAAGACCUUCGUUCGAUAUUAUAAAGGAAUUACCAAUGAAUAUCAAACCGCCUGUACACGCUGAUUAUACAAAGAAACAGCCAGUCUUUGAUGAGAAAGGUGUUUGGUGUAUUGAUCCGAUUGAUAUUGAAUACAUUGCUUAUGGCGCAGGAAUUCUUGGUUGUGGAGGUGGUGGAGAAGUCUAUCAUUCGAAACUAUGGUGCCUUGAUAUUCUUCAACAAGGAAAACAUAAGAUGUGUGUAGUACCGCCUUCAUACUACGAGUCUUCAUCGGAUUUAGUUGUUUCUGUUGGUUUCAUGGGUGUACCGACUGUUUCUCAUGAACUGUUGUCUAGUGGACUGGAAUGUGCUACUGCUGUGGAUGCGCUCGAAAAGCAUCUGUCGACAAAAUUUGCUGGUAUUUUUAGUGGAGAAAUUGGUGGUGCCAAUGGUCUCAUGGGCUUGAUUGUCGCAGCAAAUAAGGACUUAUAUUGUAUUGAUGCUGACGGAAUUGGCAGAGCUUUUCCAUGUUUAACCCAUUUAUUAGCUUUUAUCGAAGGUUGUCGUCCAGCACCUGCUAGCUUAUGUGACAUACAUGGUGAUACAAUCAUGUGCACCGAAGAUCUAGUAUCUACCCCUCAAGAAUUAGAAGAUAUAUUUCGAAUAGAAUGCAUCAAGCGUGGUCUAAUCGCUGGCGUUUGUUUACCACCAAUAAAUGGUGAGCAAUUGCGGAAAUAUUCUUUAGCUCAUAGUGUCUCUCGUGCAUGGUUUCUCGGUCAAGCAAAAUUCAAUCAUAGUAAGGAUGCUGUUCAAGCGGUCGCACGUGCUGGACACGGUCGUGUACUUGUUUCCAAUGGUAAAAUUAUCAACGUGGAACGAAAUACUUCCGAUUGCUUUGUUCGCGGCCAUGUGACGAUCGAAAUGCAAGAAGGAAAUCUCAUCAUUGAUUUUCAAAAUGAAAAUCUCGUUGCACGGCUUGAGAACGGCGAUGUUCUUGCCAGUGUACCUGAUCUAAUCACACUUGUUGAACAAGAUACGGCUGAGCCACUUUCCACUGAAACAAUCAAAUAUGGUUAUCGUGUUUCCGUACUUGUUCUACCCGCGCCAAAACUUCUGACAGCACCGCAUGUACUGGAACAUAUUGGUAUCAAAGCGUUCGGUUAUGAAUUUUCAAAUUAUGAAUAUGUGCCGUCUUAUGCACCAAUACAAUCGGUUUGGGAUGUUUUCUAUAAGAAAAACUAUUAA